GUGUCGUGCUGUAAGCUGACCGCCGCGCUAGCUUCACAGUCGUUUGGAGCGCAGAGAGAGAGAGAGACAGAGGGUUUAUUGUGGCGAGACAGCGUUGAGUUUACAGUUUGUUCUCGGUUAUAUAAUUUCCUCUUCUCCGGGUGUCUCGGCGGCGUGAACCUUCUCUGUUGUCGACCACCAGCCGUUCACAUCGGAAUGGCCGAACCGAGCGCCCGAUACCAGCAGCUGCCCAACGAGGACGACCCGGAGGGGAAUCCACAGGUAGCAGCUGAUGCUCCUCCUCCAUACAGCAGCAUCGCAGCGGACAAUGCUGCGUACUUCGACUACAAGGAGGACGGGGCUUUCCCCAAGCCUCCAUCGUACAACGUUGCAACUACGCUACCUUCCUAUGAUGAAGCAGAAAGAACCAAGGCUGAGACUUCUGUUCCCCUGGUAACCGGAAGACAGCCUCAGCACAGGGAGCGCCUGGACACUUUUGACGAUGUUAUUCGCAGUUCACUGGAGGACGAAGACUUUGUGACCAGAGACGACUUUGAAGACGCCGAUCAGCUGAGGAUAGGAAACGACGGCAUCUUCAUGCUCACAUUUUUCAUGGCUUUCCUCUUCAACUGGAUCGGCUUCUUCCUCUCGUUCUGUCUGACCACCUCAGCAGCCGGCCGCUACGGGGCCAUCUCAGGCUUCGGUCUGUCCCUCAUCAAAUGGAUCCUCAUAGUCAGGUUUUCCACAUACUUCCCGGGUUACUUUGAUGGACAGUACUGGCUCUGGUGGGUGUUCCUGGUGUUGGGCUUCUUGCUCUUCCUUCGAGGAUUCAUCAACUACGCCAGGAUCCGCAAGAUGGCCGACACCCUGUCCACCCUGCCCCGCACCCGAGUCCUCUUCAUCUAUUGAGCUCCAUCAGUUCUCAUCACCUUUUUUUCUCUCCUCCCCCUCCACGAGACACCAUGUCUGGCUCGAUCCAACCUAACAGGGAGAGGAGAACUUUUUUUUCCUCCUCUGCUUGACACGACUCGGACAAUGUGAGGUCUAUCGUCCCUCUUGGUGUAAAAUAGUGAAUGCUGACAAAUCUGUAAAUCCCUUCAGUUGUUAGUGGUGAACUGUCAAGUGCUAUUUACGAUUAUGAAGUGUGUGAUGUAUAAAUUAAUGCCUUAUUUACUGUUUUACUCUCUGUUGGUACAGUAGCUGAGGCAUGCACUGUCUCCUGCGCAGCCACCAGGGGGCAGUGUUGUCUGUGUUAUUUUUCACCAGUCUUCAAUAUGAUGAAGUCAUUUGUAUAGAGAGGUGGCUCUCAGCCCAGGGGUCAGUGGGUAAUUUUGGGUUUAUGGGUUGAUUUAUGGAGUGUGAAAUAAUAUAUUUCGAGUAUCACUUUAAUGUGUUUUUAACCUUUCUGACCAAUAUGUUGUGUCCCUUGUGAAAUAGUAUCUAAAUCAGGUAAUGUAAGACUGAAAAAAGGGACAUUUUAGAGAGUUCGGGGCUGAAAAACUUGAGAACAACAUGUAUAAAGUGACCAGGAGUCAGAUUUCUCCUCAUGUAUUUAGAGGUUUUCCAAACUGGAGUUGUACAUGAGCUGUAAUCAGGAACAAGUUUACCUAUUUAUGAAACGUGUGUCGGCAAAGAGGCGACGCUGCAGGGAUUCAGCCUCCGGUUGAAUUGAUGAGUCCUGUCUUCUGCUCCCUGUUGAUUUCCACUGUAAAAAAAUAUAUUGUUUUGCCAGAUGUGAUUUGGAAACUUUGUCCUUUGACAAUUAUAAAUAUAUUAGUACAGCGAGCAUUUUUGACGUCAAACUAAAAUCUUGAAAGUGAUUUCUCUUUGUUCACCCUCAUUCUAGUCGAAGUGGAGUAAUUAUUUUUUAUUGCAAGAAUUUUAACCCUCUGACUUUGGAAAUGUUUGGAAUUAAAGUGUAAAAAGUGCAUUUUGUGUUCUGAGCUAUUUAACAAACAACAAGAAGCUUCCAGUAAAAGUAUCACAUGACGUAA